AUGGCAUCGAACUCCUCACUCAAUUCUCAAGAGUCAAACAACAGCUCACUAGAAGUGAAUGAACCGCAGUCAUAUAUCGGUCCCACAGUUAACCCAAAAACAUUGAAACGACCACUAACAAGACGGUUGUCCAGUGCUGCUUCUAAUAUAUUUUCAUUCAACACCAGGGACAAUGAUAGCGUUGAUGAUGUGAGUGAACAGGAGGACAAAUCAUUAAUUCAGGAUGUAGCAAAUGACUACUUCAAUGCCAACGAUGCAGACUAUGUCUUAGGUGCAGAGCAUCCUGAAGAGCAUCGGGAGGAAACUCGCGAUGAGGAAAAUGUGGCUCCAAAGUCCGAAGAAUUGGAAUCAGUUCAUCUGUAUAGACCACAGCUAUAUUCGAAACCACUUGAUGGUAUAACUGAGCCAGAAACCUCAGAACCACAACCACAGAAGCCUGUAAAGUAUAAACUAUGGGACAAAGAAUUCAAAGCUGAUCGAAUACAAAUAGGAAUUAAACUUUUAUCAAAUUAUGCGUUUUUACUAGUCGGGUUUGCCGGAGCUUUGUUGUUUUACUGGGCAUCUUACUACCAGAGAAGCACACGAUUUAAGCAUUUGAAGAUGGCUAUUGUAAUUGCUGACCGUCAAGUGGGUCAGUUGCCAAACAUUGUUGGGAAAACUAUUGAAUCGUAUUUUACCGACGUCCCUUCUUUACAACAAUUGGGCAAGUUUGAAAUAUGGGAUUAUGAUAAAGUGUCUUCGCUAGCUGCUGAGCAUGGACACAAUAUCACUCAAGAAGUUUAUCAGCAAGUCCAUCAUGCUAAAGUUUGGGCUGCAUUCUAUGUUUACGAAAAUGCAACUUUAAUGUGGAAUCAAGCUUUAUCUUCUGCGUCAACGAACUUUGAUCCAACACAUUCUCUAAUGGAGGUAGUUUACGAGACUGGAAGAGAUUACAAUGCCGUACUGAACUACAUUGUUACCAUCAUUCAACUGAUUGUGAAGUCAUACCCCAAUUUCGCAACCCAGAGUCAAAUUGUUGCUAAUAUGCUCCAAACUGUCAACCAAACACAAGCAUUGACUGUCAUGUCACAAGCUCCUCAUUUAGUAUCGACAAUUCCUACAUUCAAAAUCAACGACUUGCAUCCUGUCACCAAUCUUGUAUUUCAAGCACCGUUUCAAAUCGGCUUGAUCUAUCUCGUUGUGUUUGGGUUCUUUCAGUUUAUUUUCACACUCAAAAUCCACAUGUAUCUAGCAUCAAAGAUCAAGGGUUGGAGCUACAUCUUUUUUCGAAUUUUAUCCACUCAAGUGGCUUACAUGUUUAUAUCAUUGGGUAUGGUUGUCUUGAACACAGCAUUUCAAUUACCAUUCAAUACUACAUUUGGUUACUCCGGUUUCCUAGUGAUUUGGAUGUUUAGCUAUCUUUUGAUGGCAUCUUUGGGUAGUAUUAUUGAAGUCUUGGUGAUUAUCAUGUUUGCCUUGAAACCCCAAUUGAUCGGAUUUGUCUUGUUGUUUACAGCUGUUAUUAACUUGGCUCCCAUCAUAAGUCCACCUGUCUUGAGUCCCCCAUUUUACUACUACGGAUACGCUGUGCCUUCAAGAAAUGCAUACGAGUUGCUACAUGUCGCUUAUUUUGAUGCCUAUAAAGGGCAUAUGGGGAGAAAUAUUGGUGUGUUGUUGGCAUGGAUUGUGGCAAGUAAUGCCGUUAUGCCAUUCAUGUUGAAAUUCCUUGCAAAGAAAAAGAAAGAGGCUGAUGAAAAGAAAGCAAUGGACGAAAAAGGGUAA